CGUAGAUAGCAAAAACGCGGCCAAAAUGAGGACGCUGGUCGCCCUUAUCUUGUUGGGAUGUGUGUUAGUCGCUUGUUCUGGUCGAGAAAUCGGCCAGCAAGGGUCUGACCUGGUAGCUGCGGCCAGCCACCACAAGGGGCAUCACCACGAGGAGGGCGGCGGCAAGGAGCAUCACCACCAUCAUCAUCACGAGCACGGGGAGAAGGGACACAAGGGGCACAAAGGGCACCACCACCACCACAAGGGCGACCACGGCGACCAUCACAAGCACCACCAUAAGGGCCACCAUCACGAGCACGGCGGCGGACACAAGAAGCACUGGGACGAGCACGACCACCACGGCCAUCACCACGAGCACGGUCACCACCACAAGGGAGGCAAACAUCACCACAAGAAGCACCACGACAAAGGCGAAGAGACAGAAGGUUAUCACAAGAAAUACCAUAAAGACGAAUACCACAAGGAUCAUCACUUCUACGACGAACACCACAAGGAUGGCAAACAUCACAAGCACGGUCACCACCACGGUCAUCACGAAGAUCACGGUGGUCAUCACAAGAAGGGGGGCCACCAUCAUUCCGGCCACCAUGAACACCAUCACGGCAAGAAAGGACAUCACGACAAACAUCACUACGAUGAGGACCACAAAGGACACAAAGGCCAUCACGGACACGAGGAGCAUCACCACCAUCACCACGACCACGGCAAAAAGGGCGGCCACGAAGACCACAAGCACUGGGGAUUCCACCACGGAAAUACCUUCCCUUAUCAAUGUGAUUGCCAAAGAUCUCUCUGUAAUCGACAACCGAUGAAAGCGGCAUUAUCUAUAAAUGCAAUCUGUAGGAACGUUCAUAACACAACACGCCUGGCUCUCCUUACAGCUAUACCUUCUAGCAAUAUGAAGGAACCAUUAUUUAUUGUGCUGUUGGCAUGGGGUCUCAUAGCGGUGGUAGCUCGGCAUGUUGAAAGUGAACCAAAGAAAGUUGAAGAUGUAGCCCUGCCCGCGACUAGCGCAAAAAUAGAAGAUGUAGCCGCAGCAGCGACUAACGCGAACGUAGAAGAUGUAGCCGCGGCUGCGUCGGACGCGAAAGUAGAAACAGGAAAAUCCAUCGACCAAGCUUCCUCGGGAACCGAAAAAAAAGCAGCAUCAAGUAGUCAUAAAGAAGAAGGUGGCGGUCACGAACAUCACGCAGAUCAUCACAAGGAAGAGGGUGAAAAGGGCGACAAAGGAUACAAAUCGCAUCAUCACCACGAUAAAGGGGAAGAAGGCCACCACCAAAAGCACCACCACGAAGGACAUCACGACGAGCACGGUGGGCACAAGAAGAAACAUCACGACGAACACGACCACCACGGAGAGCAUCACGAAGCGGCACACGGACACAAGGGCGGCAAGUUUGGACACAAAAAAGGCCACAAGAAAGGUUCGAAGACGACCGGCUACCACCACAAGUCUCACAAAGAUGAGUACCAUAAAGAACAUAAAUUCUACGACGACUUCCACAAGGGCGGUCAUCAUCACAAGCAUGGCGAUUUCCACGGCCAUCACGAUAAUAAAGAAGGCCAUCACAAAAAGGGCGGCCAUCAUGAAAAGGGACAUCACGAAAAACAUCACGGCAAGAAAGGGAAACACGACAAAGGGCAUUACGACGAAGACCACAAAGGACACAAAGGCCACCACGGACACGAAGAGCACCACGCCCACCACCACGACCACGGCAAGAAGGCAGGACACACUGGAGGCAAAGAGUUCGGUUACAGCCAUGGAAAGAAAGCGUAAGGGACACGAGUUCCUACUAGUGAAAACUGUGCUUUAUAUUUUUAUAUACUUCUCAGUUAUAUUGAGCCAUGUUGAUUAUUGUUAAAUAAAAGUUAAUUUAAACAAAAACUAAUUAUCAUACUAUAUUAUUA